UGUUUCCCCUCUCCUGCCCUGUGCAGAAAUAUGCUUGGGGAAAGAUUGGCCUGGACAGUGAAGUGGCUAAGCUGCUGGCUAGCAGUGACCCCCUGGUACAGAUAGCACCAGAUCAGCCAUAUGCUGAGCUCUGGAUGGGAGCUCACCCCAAAGGCGAUGCCAUUAUUCUGGAUAAUCGAAUACCCCAGAAGACCCUAGGACAAUGGAUAGCAGAUAAUCCAGGGUGCCUGGGGUCCAAGGUCAAAGACACCUUCCAAGGCCAGCUGCCUUUCCUGUUCAAAGUGCUGUCAGUUAACAUGGCCCUGUCCAUCCAGGCUCAUCCCAACAAGGAUCUGGCAGGGAAGCUCCAUGCCCAGUUUCCUGAUCACUAUCCAGAUGCCAAUCACAAGCCAGAAAUGGCCAUCGCACUGACCCCUUUCCAGGGCAUGUGUGGCUUCCGGCCUGUCCAAGAAAUUGUGGCUUUUUUGCAGAAUGUCCCAGAGUUCCGGGUGCUGAUAGGCGACGUGGCGGCCGAGCAGCUGGAGCGCAGUGUGAAUGAUGAUCCGCGGGGAGUGUCUGCUGCUCUGCGCAUCUGUUUCACCAGGAUGAUGAAGAGUGAGAAGAAGUUUUUUGUGGACCAACUGAAUCUGCUGGUGAAGAGGACUUCCCAGGAAGCUGCUGAGGGGAAGGACACAUCGGAUAGCAAUGGGGAGCUGCUGCUGCAACUGCACUCACAGUUUCCAGGAGACAUCGGCUGCUUCGCCAUUUACUUCCUCAAUGUGGUGAGGCUGAACCCAGGGGAAGCCAUGUUCCUGGGUGCCAAUGAGCCCCACGCCUAUCUCUACGGGGACUGCAUUGAGUGUAUGGCCUGCUCCGACAACACAGUGCGUGCUGGCCUCACUCCCAAGUUCAUCGACGUGCUGACCUUGUGUGAAAUGCUGAACUACACACCAGCGUCCAGCAGUGCUAAGAUCUUCCCUGCUAUACAGAGCCAGCUGGAUCCCUGUGUCUACCUCUAUGACCCACCUGUGCCAGACUUUGCAGUCAUGAGGAUACAGAUCCCCUCAAUUAAGCUGUACCUCAUCUCUGCCGUCGACUCUGCCAGCAUCCUGCUGGUGAUCCAAGGGACAGCAGUAGGCACCUCCACCGGCGCAACAUCUGACAUGACCUUGCGCCGGGGCUCCGUGUUCUUCAUCUCUGCCAAUGAGAGCAUCUCCCUGCAGGUCUCCUCGCCGGACGGAAUGCUGCUCUUCCGUGCCUGCUGCCUCCUCUGAUCUCGCACACAGAGCCUGCCCCUGCUGCAACUCCACUUAGAGUAGAUAGAAACUGGCCUGGGCAAAGCAGACUUCCAUGGUGUGGGUUAGCUUGAAACAUGCCCAUCAAGAGCAGUGUCAGUCCUAGAGCAGCAGGCACCCAGUCUGUAGAAGGAACAACUCUUGUUUCCUGUCCCUCCAACUUCUGGCCAGCUCCCAGGUGGCAGUGCUAAGUGCAGUGGUGGGAGAAAGAACCUGUUUGUCUGUCUUAACACCCCAACCACACCUGCCGCCUUUCUGGGCUCUGAGGUGUAAUGAGUUUCCUUAGCCCCAUGUAUUCCUGCAGUGCCUAUCCUUACCUGCUGUGCACAACAUGUAGCAGCUGUUUUCCUGUAGCUUUUAAGUGGACCAUUUGAUUUGUGUUAGGAGGGAGUGGAGGGGGGAACACUGCUGGGAUAUGUGCAUAACUAUGUAUGAUAGGUCUGUGAGGGAUUGGGAAUCACAGAACAGCAGGAAACAUGAUUGCUAGAGUUAAAGGUUGCUACCAGGAAUAGGUAUAGGAGAUUGCUCACAUUGCAGAAAUCUGUGCUGCUUUCUUUCCCAGCUUAUCCAUUUCCAGGCAAGGUGAUGCACUUUCAGGUACAUGAUCCACUCACCAGUGGAGUCCUUGCACCAUUAGGCUGGGAAUAAACCAUUUCCCAGGUAUGUACUGUGCAGAGGGAGAUUGCUUCUCUGAGCAAUCUAGGCAGGCUUCAGUCUCUGACCCACUGUAUCCAAAACGGGAUGAGAACACAGGCUGCUCUCGCCCUAACCUGCAGCACAGACAGUUUUAGCAGAAAGAAGCUGCAUGCUUCUCUGGGCUUGUUGAUGUCUUCUCUCUACAGGUCUGCUAGUGUUACUGUUGUCUUUGCUUCUGUGAUCAGAAUGUCCCAUAAUCAGACUGUCGGCAACUGCCUCCCUAUCCCAGUGUCAGUAACCAUCCCAUCCCUACUAGGUGGGUUUGCAGUGUUGCUGAAGGCAUGGAUAAACAGACAUGUGACAUGCUUCAAGCUCUUUUGAAGUGCUUUUAAUUUGUAGGAUCUCCGUAGUGGACAACACCCAGCUAAAGUAUCACCACAAAACACUUCAGAGUUGUUCCUGUUUCUUCAUUUUUCAUGUGGUUUUGACUGAUUUGUAGCAGUGUAACACCAUGCAUCAUCUAUCUGCUCAAUUAAAGUUGUUUAAAGUGCUGUGUUAGGUCUGUCCAUACCUGCAGUUUCCAGAGCUUUGAGAGGCACUAAUCAUCACUCUAAGUUGCUUUUCAGAGGGCUGCAACACUUAGUCCUUCCAGUGGUUACUGAGCAGAGCAAGCAUCCUGCUGUAUGUGCAAAUUAAACUCUUUCUUUGUGUGUAGGGGAAGAGUCAGGCUGGAGUCAAAGCUUAUGCAGGAACUGGCUUAAUUAGAGAAUUGAAAGGGGCAAAGGAGGUUCAAGGGGAUUGGGGUGUUGCUUUUGAUGCGCUAGAGUAGCUAAGCUGCUUGUUCCUGCUGCCUUCCACUACUGUAAACAGAACCGUCUAGGGCUGAAACUUCCUAUAACAAAAAAGGAUGGAGCAAUUGAGAUGGGAAAGGCAGCCUGCAUACCAAUUUCUGAGCCUUAUGGCAGCAAAAUCUUGUCCUUUGAGCUGGACAGGACUUAGUAUUGCUGGGACAGAGGUAAGAGCCUGCACCUAGACAUCUUGAAAAACAGUGGGAUGCAGAGGGCUGGUGUCUGGGCAUCAGGGCUCUCCUCAAUUUUAUCCCUGAUGCUGACUCAUUGCGACUUUAAGCAAAUUGUCUAAUCUGUGUCUCAGCUUCUUCAUCUGUAAAAUGGGAAUAGUGACCUACCUCACAGGAUGUUGUCUGGAGAAUCCUCACUUAAAGGUGCUGGGAGUAAAGGGUUAUCCCCUUGGUCCUGGGGAAGCAGUAGAUAGCUCUUGCCCCUUAACCAGAAUAAAUAACAUCACUACUACCAUCUCUUCAACUGGAAUUCUGUUUAUGUUCCUGGAGCUGAUGCACAAGGGGCCAGCUCUAACACCUGUUACUUCAGAUUGGCCCCCAAGAGACUGCCCUACUUAACAUGAAAAUGUGGGAGUCAUGGCUACAGACACGAGUUACCUUGUUUUGUCACAAAGGUUACAGUAAGAGAGCCAGCUGCUAUUUUGUGUGCCUACAGCCCUCAAACGUGAUCUGUGUGCACAGAAGGUUGAUUGAUACUAGAGGGCAGGGAGGCAGGAAGUUGUGUGGUGCUGACCAUUUAGCUUAAACCUUCAGUAGCCAGGGCAUGGUAUUCCUGGUGAGGGGCUGGCAAAGUGGGUGCAUCAGCUACAGGCUACUAUUUUUUGUGGUAGGAGUAGCUAAGACUACUUUUUCCUAAUAAGAUUCUUGCUACCUUGUAGACUUAAAAUCAUGGGAAAGUAAGGCUGGACAAGACCUCAGGUCUCAGGAGGUCACAUAGUCCAACCUCUUGCUCAAGGCAGGAUUGCCCUGACUAAGUGUUCCUAGACUUGAAUAGUUUCUACCAACAGGUCAGGUUCCAGCACUUGAGUAAAGAAUUCUCUUCCCUUUUCCAAGCUUUGAAUGACUUGCUGUGAACACACAAGCUGCAACAGUAAUCUUAAAACUCAGCUGGUGCUGUGCUGUGCUACCCUUCCCUCUCCACCCCCAUGGUUGACCUUGAUAAACCACUGAAAAAAAGGACUUGCUGCUCACUCAGCAUCAUAGUUAUCUAACUCCAGUCCAGAUGCCCCCAUCAGUGACCUGAAGCCAGUGGUCCAGACAAUCCCCAUCAAUGACCUGAAGCCAGUGGACCCCUGAUGUAUUUCUUUGACUUGUUUUAAAUAGCUGUUCUCAUCAGUAUUUUGACACUUUCCCUCUUACACGGUGAAACUGAUCACCUGUGAAGGACAGUAAAUGUUAAACUCUUGUAACCUUUGGGAGCAUUGGGAAGGGGGUGUCACCCAGGAAAUCAACCCAGGGAGGAGCUCUUCUGAGCCAUAUAAUGUGUAUUUAACAGCUGUUAAGUAUUUCAGUCUCUUCUGACAUCACUAGCUUUAAUGGUUUGAUUCAUCCACUCCAUUGCUCUAAAAAGAGCUAUAAAUCUUUGAAGUGGGGAGGUAAGGCAGCGAUAUGCAACCUUGUGUUAUGGUGUAUUGGCAGGUAGGGUGUGUGCAUGGGCUGGAAUGUUCUGUCAUAAAGAGAAAUAAACAGUCACUGCAAAAAACAA